AGUGGAAGUGUUGGGGCGUAAGUAAGCCUCUGCUGAUAUCCCAUCAUCCCUUUGUUUACAUUUUCUCCUGCUAGCUUACCAACCUUUAAUUAGCGGUGCACCGAAAAUGGUGAUCAAUAUUGAAACUAUCCAGCCGAACAGAUGAAGUCAAAGGCCAGCUAAGGAAAACGAAGAUGUUAAUUUAUUUUCUGCGAGUGGAUGCAUCAGAAUAGAGGGGAGCUGGCCCACCCAUUCCAGCUUCUUUAUUACAACUGAGAACUUUAACAAAUGUUUUUUUUUUUCAUCUGCUCCUGAUUCAUCACGAUUUGAAUGAAAUAAGACCCAGAAACACAGAUUUAAUCUUAAAGUGAUGUAUUUAUGUCCUCCAUCUUGAGAAAAAGGCUGCAAGAACAUGUUAAAAACACAAAAAAGUACUUUUGAUUAUUUUUAUUGUUUAUUUGGUGCCUGUUUUUAAUCUAUUUUUUUCUCCUUUAGUUAUUCUGCUGAUUUUUUAUGCAAUAAAGCUCUUUUACUCAGUCAGUGACGUUAGCCACCUUGAUUUCAUGCAAUGUAGGGAGGAGCCAGUCAACAAGUUAAGCAAACUACAAUACCCACAAUUCCCUCCGUACGUCAACAGCAACAGCUAGGAUGUUGCGAUAUCGCUGGCAGCCAGAAAUUGCUGUGGUUGCAGAGAUUACACCGCUGGGUUGAAAUCUAAGUGUGAUGUUUUGCUCCAUGCCACAUUCUGCGGUGACAUAUUUGCAGUCGUAGCCGCGUGCUUUAGCUUCCUGUCGACUCGACGCCUGCUUGAACAGCCUCGCGCGUUUAAAAAAGAAAAAAAGAAAAAAGCGCUAGCCCACCAAAACCCGUUAUAUUGUAAACGGAAUAAAUAGCCACACGGUCAGCUAGCUAUGAGGAGGCAAACGGUCGCUUCAUUUUCCUGAGGAUGGGAAAACAUUCUCCGACAGCGCUAUCGCAGCAGUUCACCGUCGGGAAGACAACACUUGGAGACAUCAUCUUCGGAGGAUAACCUGGAUAACCUUACGCGAAAUGUCAUAGCACGUAAGUAGCUAGCAUUUAGCUAGCUGGCUGAUAGCUGGACGUGAUGGAGAUGGAGCCAGUGUUUUCAUCAGCGGCCGACCAUGAACAGCUGGAUGGCUAGCUAAAGAAAUACUUUCUCGGGAGAAGCUUUACCCUCCCGGGCGGUUUAAUUCACUUACAUAACGGCCAACCGCUCUCACCACCUGGCUUGCUUUGCAAGCAAAUGGAACAUUUUCCACCUCAGUCUUUCUUUCCUGAGAAACCAAUAUAUCCGCACAAGUUCUGCAACACCGAAUAUAGACUUUAGAGGUUCUGCCGUCUGACUGGCAACAAACAUCCCGGCUUCACUUUUUUGUGUGUGAAGCAAAUACUCCUUUUAUUUUUAUUUUUAUUGUGGCUUCGACGAUAUGAGGAAAUUCUUUGAUUCUCGUCGGGAAUUGGUGAGCUCGGGGCCCGGUUCUGGAGGAGGGGGCAGCAGCUCUGGAUCCAGCCAUGCUGGCGGGAAUUUCAUUGGUCGAGGCUUCACUGUCGGGCGGCACCAAGUCACUGUUGAGGAGAUCAUUGCUGAAGGUGGUUUUGCAAUUGUGUUCCUUGUGAAAACCAAUCAAGGAGUGCGUUGUGCACUAAAGAGGAUGUAUGUCAACAAUGAGCACGAUCUGCAGGUGUGCAAAUGUGAGAUCCAAAUCAUGAAAGACCUUGUUGGUCACAAGAAUAUUGUAGGUUAUCUGGACUCCAGCAUCACAGCUAUGGGAUCGAGGGAUGUAUGGGAGGUCCUCAUCCUAAUGGAUUACUGCAAAGGAGGGCAGGUGGUGAACUUGAUGAAUCAGAAACUGCAGACCGGGUUCACAGAGUCCGAGGUGCUGCAGAUCUUCUGCGACACCUGUGACGCCGUAUCCCGCUUGCACCAACGCAAGGUUCCCAUCGUCCACAGAGAUCUCAAGGUGGAGAAUAUCCUCCUGCACGACAAGGGUCAUUAUGUGCUGUGCGACUUUGGCAGCGCCACAAACAAGUUCCAGAACCCGCAGACGGAGGGAGUGGCUGCUGUGGAGGAAGAGAUCAAAAAGUAUACCACUUUAUCAUAUCGCGCCCCAGAAAUGGUGAAUCUCUACAACAACAAGAUCAUCACCACAAAGGCUGAUAUCUGGGCUCUGGGCUGUUUGCUGUACAAGUUGUGUUUCUUCACUCUCCCCUUUGGUGAAAGCCAGGUGGCCAUCUGUGAUGGCAGUUUCACCAUUCCAGAUAACUCCCGCUACUCUUAUGAUCUCCACUGCCUCAUUCGGUACAUGCUGGAGCCAGACCCAGACAAAAGGCCGGAUAUCUACCAGGUGUCCUACUUUGCUUUCAAACUUGCUCAGCGCACUUGUCCGGUUCAGAAUGUGAAGAACUCUCAGAUUCCUUCCAAACUUCCGGAGCCAGUCAAAGCCAGUGAGGCUGCUGCAGCAAAGAAGAGCCAGACAAAGCCCAGAUUGACAGACCCGAUCCCCACCACCGAAACCUCCAUCACCCCUCGCCAAAGGCCCAAAGCGGUGCACGCCCAGCCCGCCGCUGGCAUUCUACCCAUCCAGCCUGCUGCCCUCACCCCCCGCAAGCGCGCUAACAUCCCCGGUGGAGCGGCUUCUGGAGUCAGCCUGGACCUCUCCCAGCCAGCUGCAGCCCUCCAGUCUCAGAAGGCACAGACAUCAGCUCAGCCUUCCGUCCAGCCACAAAGCAAUGCAAGUCAGGCUGCAGCUUUGCAGAAGCAGCCAGGGUCAGCGCCAUCAGUAGCGGCCAAAGCCGAUUCCCCACUACAGACUCAGCCUGCAGCCCAGCAGCAGACUGCGCCCGCCUCAGCGGUCAGCUCCGCUUCCCAGCAGGGAGCGCAGCCUCCGUCCAGCCCGGCUCCGCCUCAGCGUCCGGCUCGCCGCAAGCAAGCUCAGCCGCUGGAAUCGCAGCCUUCCCCCAUCAAACCUGAGUCUGAUCAGUCAGCAGCAACUCAGCAGCAGCAGAUUAUUCAGCCAUCGGCUGCUCAGACUCAGCCCGCCUCCAGCGAGAUCAGCCAAAAAUCAGCUGAAACAAUUUCAUCUAUUACUCCAAAGACAUUUGAGGAACAGCAAGGUGAACCUCCUGCUACCACUACAGCAGCGGUCCCAGUCAGCGACGCCUCACAGGAGCUGCAAUCAGCUAACGGAGACACUGAUCUCAUUCAAUCUUUUAAACCUCAGCAGAGCACCGUGAAGCCGUUUCAGCCGGGUGACGUAGCGCAAGAGCCGAGCGCCGCAGCGACUUCUACUGCUGACGCUGGCGGUGCCUCCGACACUCCGACUCAGCCAGUAUGGAACCCGUUUGACGAUGACAACUUUUCCCAACUCAAGGCGGACGACAAAGACUCUCCUGAUGUGCUAUCAAAUAAUGAGGUGAAAUCAUCUGAAGAUCUGAUUCCAGGUCUACUGACCUCAGCUGUGGAAACUUCUCAGCAAACUGUUGAGAAGCCCCCUAUUCCGGAUUCAGAGGCCUCGCUGUUGGCCGUCCCUGAUGCUUUCCAUGCCCUCAACCUGUCAGAUGCUCCCGAGAAGCUGAUUGAAGGCCUAAAGUCACCGGACACGUCUUCACUCAUGCUUCCUGACCUGCUGUCGCUCUCUGAUCCUUUUGGAGGGUCUGUGGAAGAGUCUGCAAAAGACCCUCUCACUGCUGAAGACUCUCUUCUUGGCUGCUCCCUGAUCUCGGGUCUGCCCACCUCAGCUGCAGCAGGAAGCGCCCCUUCCGCUCUGUCCUCCGGUCCCACCUCUGCAGCUUCUGCUCUGGACGAUUUCAGCUUGUUGUCUGGAGAGUCGGCGUCCAAAACAGACUCGUCUCUUCUGAUCUUGGACUUUGAGUCUCAGCAGACCAGCGCAGAAGCCCCAACAGAGGACGAGUUUGAUCCUAUUCCCGUCACGGGCCGAAAGAAUUCCCAAGUUUCAGGAGGCCACUCGCGCAGUAACAGUGGUGGCUCUGAAUCCAGUCUGCCCAGCUUGGCCCGCUCCCUGCUGCUGGUGGACCAGCUCAUCGACUUGUAGGCCCCUCCCUCACCUCCCUGAUCCCCUCAUAGAGGCUGUAACACUGGAUAAUAGUCUGGCAUAGCAUAGCAACAAUCAACCCUGUCAUCAUUGCUAGUCGACCGCCCCCCCUCUGCUGUCAUCUCCAUUACAGUUCCAACCGUAGAACGCCCUUCACCUUUCAGCGCUUCUCCAUUCCUGCUCUCCACAUCAUCUCCUCGCCUCUCAUUUCCAUCUUCAUGCUCUCUCUCUCUGUCGUGGCCAUUCAUCACGUGUUGCUCAUUAGCAAGGGUUUGACAGAUUACUACCAUCAUCCAUUUAAGAAUUGAAUCUUUCUGCCAGUCAGGAAAUAUUCUGUAGUUCAUUCCAACCAAACUGCAUCAUGUCUUAUAGUAAGCAUUAGAAAAUCAUUAUUGUAAUGUAAAAUAGGCAUAGCUGUAAGUGGUUGUAGUUCUUGUGCACAAGUGAACUCGUCAUCGUCCGGCUUUUUACCCCUCUCCCCGGGUUUAUUUUGCACAUUUUUAUAAAGGAGAAAAAAAAGAUGGGAUUAAGAGCAGAACUCUGACUUCACUGAUUUGCACAGAUGCAUUUUGCUACCUAUGUCACAGCUGUAUGAUGGAGGAUCCUCCUUCAGUUCAAGCUACUGUUGAUUUGAUUGAAAAAAAAAGCAUCAAGUUUAGUCCCAACAUGAGGCAGGACAGCUAUGAAAGAUUGAUGCUUUAGUGCCAUAAUGUGAUCGGAACAGGCGUAUUUAAAAAAGCUCCAGAGAUGCAGUGCAAGACACAGAACCUGAGCUUUUAAAGCCACGACUCGUCCUCAUACGCAGCUCCUCUGAGCUUUUAUUCAUUUAGUUUUAUCACUUAAAACAAGAAGAGCAGCUUGUUUCAUUGCCUAAAUGCAUGAAGCUGUGAUACAAUCUGAGGAUUAAGCUGCAUUAGGAAACACUAGCAAACAAUAGCAGUAAGAUCUAGGCUAAUAAUUUCUAUAAAGACCAUCUUGCCAACACAUUAACAGUCAUUCCACGUUGUGCACGCCCCCCCUUACAAAGCAUUCCUCUCAUUUCUUUACCCCUAAUUGAUGUAAAUAGACAUUUGACUCCUGCAGACUCUUAUCCAGACCGUAAAAAUUCUAUUGUCAUAAAGCUUUACUUGUGGAAGACAUAUUGCUUUAUUUGUGAAUCGUGUCAUAUAAAUGUAUAUAAAGAUAUUUAUGGCAUUGUUUUCCUUGUUAAUACAUGUUAAUAUAGAUAGAGUGUGAGAAAAUGAAUGUAAGAAAUAAAUAUUAGUCUAUAAUAAAAUCUAUCUAUGAUUCUAAACAUCAUAAUCAUUCUAGGAUAUUGGAGAAUAUAUGAAUAUUUCAUUCCUCCUUGUGGAUUUUUCUUUUUUUUUCUGAGUUCUAUUGAAAUGUCAGAAAAUGAAAAAAAAAAAAGUAUAAAUGAUGUCCUAGUCUUUAACUGUUGUGAAGGAUUAGGCCGAAUCCCUUAUUCUACAUCUGUGAAAAAAAAGGAAAUGAGCCUGUGUUACUUUUGUUUACAUGGACUUAUGAAGGAUUAUAUUUAUAUUCAGAAAAGUCUUCUUUAAGGGAGGAGUUAGGCUUAGGAAUUUAGUCCAUUGAAUUUGUGCUUUUGAAGCUUUCUUUCUUUCUUUCUUUCUUUUGCUCAUUUUCUGUGCUCACAGGAUUCAUAUCAAAAAGCAUGGCAGUGUUGUUGAAUGUUGCGUUUACGUGUGCCGGUAAAACGAUGUUCGGAGUGUGCGUGCCCGUGAGCGUGCUUCGAGUUUGAAUUGUGGGGUUGUGUUUUCCAGUAGCAUACUCGUGUUUGUUGUUUUGCCGCAAAAUGCGACGACGUGAACUAGAGUUGUCGGUAAAAAUCUCCUCUAAAAAGCACAGACCUCUCCUCCCUCCUUCCCUAAUUCUCUCAGGUAGUCUCUGAGAGGUGGACACUGACGUUCUGCUCCCCGUCUCUCCGUCCUUUAGACAUCAUGCUUUUAAAGUCACCCACUUUCAUGCGCGAGGGGCUCUGGGACUUGAUGAUCACACGGCAUUAGCUGCUGAGGGUCAGGAAAGGGAUCGACUCCAGUCAACGUUACACAGUUAGAUGUUUCUGUAGGGUCAAACAGAGGUAAACCUGCAUGAUUAGAUCAUACUUUUGGUUAGUUUAUUUUGUUUACAAGAAAAAAAUAAAGUGUUCUUUUUGAUCAACAAAUCUUAUCAAGAUUUAUAAUUUUGAAACUAUGAUAAGUAAAAAGUAUUGCAUCUAAGUGUAGCAGUUAAUUGUUUAAAAUAUAUAUCUAUUUUAAAGUACAUGAUCAAGGAAGUGUGCCAAAUGCAUGGAUUGCACCUAUUAUUCACCUUUUUGUUCUUUUGGAAUCACUUCCUUAAUUUGUGAUUUGUUCAGUCUUAAUUUCAAGCUUAAUUGCAUUUUUUUGGGUAUUUAGCAAAAGAAGCCAUUUUUUAUCAGUUGCACGGUCGCUCGCAAAAUACCGAGCUUCAUUUGCUUCUGAUCCUUCCUCUGAACCCCCCACAAUCACUCACAGUCACUGUUUGAACCUAUGCAACGCCAGAGCUUUCUCCCUGUAACCGCCUGUACGCAGUUGUAGUCAGUAAAGCCAAGCCAGAGCUGAUGUGAAAAAUGGUAGCCCCUCAUUUUUUUUUUUUUUUUUCCUGCCAAAAGAGAAAACUGUCGGUUAUCUGAUCUUAAUGAGUGUUUUCAGACGCCUUCUGUCAUUAUGGCCCAACCCUGCGUCAGAAAUGUGAUAUUGUGUGCUCCUUCUAUUUUUGUGAGAUGACUUAAGAGUAAUAAAGGGAUGGCAAAUAAAGUACAAAUGUGAAUGUU